UGCCUGUUUUCUUGAGAGGAAGCGGACUGUCAUCCCGGAAGCAGCGGAAUUUUUUAGGGGGGUUGGGAUGAACGAUGGAAGCAGCAACGUGUAGUCGGGAGUCGGACGGAUAAACACACACCUCAGCGUAAUAAAACACGGCAUCGGAGCUUACACGCGGCACCCGUACAGCGACCAAAAAUUACUGCACCGCAGUGGAAAAAUGGACGAGCGGCACUGACAACAGUCUCGAGCGGCGCAGAGGAGGAUGGGCGCAGUGUCCAGGCUCUGGAGGAGAUGUCUCUGGGACGACUUCUGCGACGCGCCUCCUCGAAAGCCUCUGACCUCCUGACCUUCAAUGCCGGGUCGGGGGGUUCGCGGAGCGUGCUGGACGGCGAGAUCAUCUUCUCCAAAAACAACGUGUGCGUGCACCCCACGGAGCCCCUGCCGGGCCUCGCCGAGCACCACCCAGGGUACCUGUGCGUUCACCUGGAGAAGGACGAGGCCCUGGGCAGCACCCUCAUCCUGACCUGGGUGCCCAACUCGCGCAUCCAGCGGCAGGACGAGGAGGCCUUGCGCUACAUCACCCCCGAAAGCUCGCCCGUGCGCCGGAACCCGCGCCGCCGCCCCCGCCGCGCCCACUCCAGGCCCCCGCCUGCCGAGGAGGAGGAGGAAGAGGAAGGAGGAGGAGGAGGAGGAGGAGGAGGAGGGACUGGGGAGGGCGGGGCGGAGCCCCAGCACCCGCAGCAGCAGCAGCAGCAGCAGCUGGAGGAGGGGGACGAGGGGUCAUGUGACCUGUCGGCGGACGAGGUGAGCCGCGACAGCACGCUGGGCUCGGACUCGGACACCUUCUCCUCGCCCUUCUGCCUGUCGCCGGUCAGCGAGGCGCUCGCCGAGAGCAGCGGCUCCGUCUUCCUGGACAACGAGAACAGGGACAUGUGCGACGAGUCCAUGACUCAUUCAGCCAGCUCCGCCUCCAGCCUGGACAGCCACGCCCCCUCCGAGAACAGCCAAUCGCAGGGGGUGCGGUGGGAGGAGCAGCAGAAGGUGAUGGCCCUGGAGCAGCUGUGCGGAGUCUUCCGGGUCGACCUGGGUCACAUGAGGUCCCUCCGCCUCUUCUUCAGUGACGAGGCCUGCACCAGCGGCCAGCUGGUCAUCGCCAGCAGGGAGAGUCAGUACAAGAUCCUGCACUUCCACCACGCCGGCCUGGACAAGCUGGCGGAGGUCUUCCAGCAGUGGAAGUACUGCCGCGAGACCCAGCUCAAAGACCAGGUUUCGGAGGAGAAGUCCUGCAUGCAGUUCUCCAUCCGCCGCCCCACCCUGCCGUCGGCAGAGACCCACCCUGAGGAGCGGCUGUACCGCCGCCUGGACGUGGCCACCUGGCUCAGACACCUCAACCACAGCGGCCAGGUGGAGGAGGAGUACAAGCUGCGCAAGGCCAUCUUCUUCGGGGGGAUCGACCCGGCGAUCCGUGGGGAGGUGUGGCCAUUCCUGCUGCAGUACUACAGCUGCGACUCCACGUCGGAGGAGCGGGAGGCCUGGAGGCUCCAGAAACGCGGAGAGUACCAGGAGAUCCAGCACAGGAGGUUGUCCAUGAGCCCGGAGGAGCACAGCGAGUUCUGGAGAAAGGUCCAGUUCACUGUGGAUAAGGACGUGGUGAGGACGGACCGCAGCAACCACUUCUUCAGGGGGGAGAACAACCCCAACGUGGAGAUAAUGAGGCGGAUCCUGCUGAACUACGCGGUGUUUAACCCUGGGAUGGGGUACUGCCAGGGCAUGUCGGACCUGGUGGCCCCCCUGCUCACGGAGGUCCAGGACGAGAGCGACACCUUCUGGUGCUUCGUGGGCCUGAUGGAGAACACCAUCUUCAUCAGCUCCCCCCGAGACGAGGACAUGGAGAGGCAGCUGAUGUACUUGCGGGAGCUCCUGCGGCUCAUGCUGCCCAGGUUCCACCAGCACCUGACCCAGCUGGGGGAGGACGGGCUGCAGCUGCUCUUCUGCCACCGCUGGGUGCUGCUCUGCUUCAAGAGGGAGUUCCCUGACACCGAGGCCCUGCGCAUGUGGGAGGCCUGCUGGGCCCACUACCAGACAGACUACUUCCACCUCUUCCUGUGCGUGGCCAUCAUCGUGCUGUACGGGGAGGACGUCACCGAGCAGCAGCUGGCCACGGACCAGAUGCUCCUGCACUUCAGCAACCUGUCCAUGCACAUGAAUGGGGAACUGGUACUGCGCAAGGCCCGCAGCCUGCUCUACCAGUUCCGUCUCCUACCCAGAAUCCCCUGCAGCCUGCACGACCUGUGCAAGCUGUGCGGCCCCGGCAUGUGGGACAGCCGCUACAUCCCGGCCGUGGAAUGUUCCGGAGAGCACGCCGACUCGCAGAGCUGCCCCUAUGGAGGCACCGUCACGCCCCUGCCGCCCCCCUCCCCCCUCCCGGCCCCCCCCGCCGAGGGCAAGAGGGGCUCCAAGACCCGGGACAUCUUCAACUUCCGGAAGCAGUCCUGAGCGCGGAGCCCGGCCAGGAGGAGGGGGGGGGGGGACGAAAACUUUUAACGCGGAAAAUACCCGCUGUGGGUUCCACCUUACCCCCGCCCCCUCCCCCCCACCCCAUAUUACACUCUACCAGGGGGGUGCA